GGGUUAUUUCUCUUCUUUUGGAAAUUAGAUCAUUCAAAAAUGGCCGAACUUUUCAUGGAAUGUGAAGAAGAAGAUUUGGAACCUUGGCAGCAGAAAGCAGAAGAAAUUCAAAAUAAAGAUGACGAUGAUGAGUUGAUCUUUGUUGGAGAGAUAUCAAGUUCCAAACCAGCCAUUUCAAAUAUUUUGAACAGAUGUAGUCCUGGCUCAUCUUCAAAGGGACUAAAGCAUGAAUCACUCAAUCCAGCUAUUUCUAAUAUAUUCAAACCUACAAGUCAACAGUACAGAAAUCCAUCACCUAAUCCAGUGGCUGCUUUGCCUAGAUUUCAUCCUGAAUCCAAAUCUUCAGAGAUUUCUGAUUCUCAGACUGAUACUAAACCUAUUAUUUCAAAGACUUCAUCACAAGAUGAUCCAGGUAUCGAUCAAACUUCAUUAGGAUUAAAACAUCCUUCCACUUCCCAAGUAAACAGUGUUAAUCCAAAAAAGCCAAAGACCAAUGCAAGUGUUUCUGAAACAAGUCCUUCCUCUUCAUCAUCUUUAAUUAAGUCUCCUUCCGAGGCUUUCUCCCAGGUUGUAGUAUCAAAUGAAAAUACCUCAUCAAAUCAGUCUAAAACUGGAGCACCUUCACUAACAUCUUGUCCAAAGUGCAAUGUUAAGUUCAGUUUUUUGGAUCCUUUGAAAUGCCACAUGAAGCGUUGCUGCCCAGACAUGAUAAAUAAUUUUCUGGAGACUAUUAAGUCAGAACAUUCAAGGACUGAAACCAAAACUAGCAUUGGCUCAGAUAAAGAAAAAUUGAUCAUGCUAGUUAGUAAUUUUUAUUAUGGAAGACAUGAAGGAGCUAUUGAAGAAGAAGUGAAGACUCACACAACUUUUAAAUGCUUCAGUUGCUCGAAAAUUCUUAAAAAUAAUAUUAGGUUCAUGAACCACAUGAAACACCACUUGGAACAUGAGAAACAGAACAGUGAAUCCUGGGAAAGCCAUACUACGUGCCAGCACUGCUACCGACAGUAUCCCAACCCCUUCCAACUACAAUGCCAUAUUGAGAGUACACACACUCCUCAUGAUUUUUCUACUAUUUGCAAAAUCUGUGAAUUGUCCUUUGAAACUGAGCAUAUACUUUUACAGCAUAUGAAGGAUACUCAUAAACCUGGUGAAAUGCCAUAUAUUUGCCAGGUUUGCCAGUUUAGAUCAUCAAUAUUUUCUGAUGUAGAAACUCACUUUAGAUCAUCUCACGAAAACACUAAGAACUUACUAUGUCCAUUUUGUCUCAAAGUUAAUAGAAUGGCAACCCCUUACAUGAAUCAUUACAUGAAACAUCAGAAUAAAGGAAUCCAUCGUUGCCCAAAAUGCAGACUACAAUUUUUGACCUCCAAGGAGAAAGCCAAUCAUAAGUUAGAGCAUCGUACAUUUAUAAAGCCAAAAGAACUAGAAGGAUUGCCUCCUGGAACAAAAGUUACUAUUCGAGCUUCUCUUGGAUCUGCUCAAUCAAGAUCAUCAAGCCCACCUUCUAGUCCUGUUCCAAGUACUUCUCUUCAAGUCUCAGCUUCAGAGUCUACAAGUACAACUACUAAAACCAACUCAAAAGUGCUUGCAAGUAAAAGUAAGAUAAGUAAGACUCAGACAGUUGUAACCAGAGUAUCUAAAUCCAGUACAAGUAAACCAGGUCCAAGUGCAACUAAAUCCAAAGUCAAGCCCUCCUGCAAGCAAAAGAAGCACCGCACCAGGAAAGACAAAUUGAGUAUAGCUUUGCAGAACUUGAGAUGUCACCAGGGAAUUCACACAUGUAUUGAGUGCUGUUCCAAAAUAAAAGAUUUUCCAAGCCACUUUUCUGCAGAUAUGCAUUGUGAUUUUUGCAAGUACACCACUAACUGUAACAAAGCCUUUACAAGUCAUAAGAGCUGUCAUAGUGACCACCCAAGUAAACAGUUUUAUAUUUUUAAGAGACAUUCAAGAACUCUCAGGGGCAUCACUCUAGUGUGCCUUAAAUGUGACUUCCUAGCUGAGACUGCUGGCUUAGACCGUAUGGCUAAGCACUUAAAUCAACGUAAAACACAUACUUGCCAAGUUGUGAUAGAAAAUGUUCCUGAAAGAAUGUCAACUUCUGAAUCCACUUCUGACGGCUUGUUGAAAUAGAUUCCUGCUCUAUGGAGCUCGUGCAACCUGGUGCAAGACAAGUUGGAAUUUCCUAAGUUCAAAGUUCUGCAGUGUUUGCUUUUACAAAUCCAGUUUCCUAAGUUCAAAGCUCUGAAAUGUUUUCAUGAAGGCAAUUAAAACCCACAACACUAGCCCUCAUUAUUCAGCUCUUUUCAGCUUUCAGAUGGCAGUGGAUUUCUAUUCCACCUUAUCUUUGUGUCAGGUUAACAUAUCUUAACAUGUACUUUUCUUCUCCAGUUGGCUCUGGAAAAAGAACUUUAGUUGCUAUAGUCUUUCCUUUCUUCCCUUCACAUAAUUUGUGUUUCUGUCUGCUGUACUUGCCUUGACAAUACUACAUAUCAAAUAGUAUAGCUGUUCUAUUUUUGUCUGUUUUGUCUGCUUCUUAAUUUCUUUUAAGUCUUGCUGGUCAGAUAGCUGGGUUUUUCUUCAUUCUUGGCCUGUCAUUGUUCUAUUUUUCCUAUUUUUCAGAUGCAGAAGCAACACAGAAAUUUCAAAAAAUGUCCAGUGUACUCCUGGACAGUGUCCCCCUUCGUUGGACACAACUGAUGCCUGUUAUGUCUUUCCAAGGAAUGUGAAUUGUUUGACUGUGACACCCAUUUCAGUUUGUGGCCUUGGGAAUUUAUCAGUUCUUAGGCAGAGUUCCUUUCUACCUGAUUGGCUUUGUCGAUUUUGGCCAUCAAUGACUUCAAGG